AAUACUCACCGUGUAGGCCUUCAACACAAACUAACCCGAAUUACAGCCUCCAAAAUGACCAUAUACACCUCUCUAAAACUGUUUUAAAAAUGAAAAUUACAGAUGGUAGGAUUUAUUGCAGGGCUGUUUUAGGUGGAAUUCAUAGACUGUUCCCUGUAAAACACCGCAGCUGCUUUAUUUUGAAACUUCUUGGCGGAAAUGCUUGUGAGCUCAGCUAGCUUGGCGGCUAGCCUGCGCACCGAGUCUCCUUGAUGCCGCUGAUGAAACGGUUCUGUGUCCAAGGAUUUCUCCUCCAUCACUUCCUCAUUUUGAGCAAUGUGUCGUCAGGCAGGGAGGUGUGAGGAGCUCGGCUCUUCACUCCUUCACGCUGCCCAGGAGCCAUGGCGGAGCGCGCACUGAGGAGGAACCGCACCGGGUCCACAGCAGCGGCUCAGACCAGGAAGGAUCCGCGUUAACUUACCUGCAGCACGGCCACAACUAACGUUACCGCUGAGGGAACACAAUGGUGACGGCUUCUGAAGUUUUGUCUUGUCACAGAUGGCGGGUUUAACUUUCCACUUUCUGCCAUUUUCCUAAUGUCGACGGGAUCAUAGCGACGCAGAGUUUGUUCUGCUUUUAAUUCUUCCAGUCCUGUAAAGCCAUCUGCCCCAGACGUAAAUCUGGCGCACUGUCCCGCAGUGGCUCAUAGAGCGCCUCUUUAAUAUUUCACAGCCGACUCAGUGGAGGUUAACAUGGGGGCAAAGCAGAGCAGCCCGACUGCUAACCCCGCUGCUAACGGACGGACCAGAGCCUACUCCGGCUCGGACCUGCCCUCCAGCACCUCCAGCAGCAACGGCAGCAACGUUAGCGCCAGCAGGACUACUGCCGGGGGUGUGCGGUACCACGCGCACGGCGGGUCCCGAGCCUCCGGAGCCACGUCCAGCACCAGCCAGCAUCUCGGAGCCAGGGCCAGGUCUGUGGGGGGCUCCGGAGGCUCCGUGGCCAGACCUCAGUCCGGCAUCAACAUUCCGAACAGCAGCGGAGCCUACAGCUCCCAGGAGUCCGGAGGCAGCAGCCCGGAGGAGGCGGCGGACAGGCAGCGCUCAGGCGGGGGGCACGAAGGUCGCCGGCUGCUGAUAGGAUCACUACCAGCACACCUCUCACCUCAUCUGUUCGGAGGCUUCAAGUGCCCUGUGUGCUCCAAGUUUGUGUCCUCAGAUGAGAUGGAUCUUCACCUGGUCCUGUGCUUAACCAAACCCAGAGUGACAUAUAAUGAGGAUGUCCUGACCAAGGAUGCAGGAGAAUGUGCAAUCUGCCUGGAGGAGCUGGUGCAGGGAGACACCAUUGCUCGCCUGCCCUGCCUCUGCAUCUACCAUAAAGGCUGUAUCGAUGAGUGGUUUGAAGUGAACAGAUCAUGUCCGGAGCAUCCAUCAGAUUGAAGCUUUAUUUUGCACAGGUACUUUACAAUGAGAGGGAUCUACAAAAUGAAGUGUGGAUCCAGGGAGACUGCUGGACACUGUGAUCAGUUUAACCCACACCCCCACCCCAACUAAUAAUGUAGUACCACGGUGUGCCAAAUCUCAUUUAAGCAAUCUUCAGGGAUACAGACUUUUGUGUUUAUGUUUGAGUCGCCGAUCCACGCUCAGUCUCGGACUGGACGGACUGAUCUCCACCUCAUAUCCUCUCCAGCCCUGACACUCAAAGCCACACGGGGACAUCCUGACAGGCAGGGCUCUUCUUCCUGAGUGGCCAUUGGACAGCAGAUGUCAGCUGACUGUACACUGGAGGAGGGGGACAUGGUCCUGGAGGUGAGGGCGGAGCGGAGGGCGCUCGGGGGGGUGGGGGGGUGGAGUAUCACCUCCCCCUCUGUCCCUCCCCUCCUCCUUCAGCAUCAGUGUCUACCAGUGCCUUGUUAUUGUGAUGCCCAGCCACAGCAGGGCGGUACAGAGGAGUCCAGACUGUCAGCAGAGCCAGCCGGACCGACUGGACGGACCUGCAGGACCAUCUCACCACCACUGCCACUCUACCAGUCCAGGAGAAACAAGCCAGAGAAAGCAGCAGAAAUAUCUGUCUGCACAAGCGGCUCGCACAUUUUCAAAACUGAAGCUGCUGCAAAAAUGGUGCCAAUCAACUGUGAAUAUUGUCAUACACACACACACACACACACACACACACACACACAAUCAUCAGUGCUUUUUAAUCAUAUACCAUAGAGUAGAGGUCCUCUGGCACAAAACCUGUCCCCAAUCCUGAAAGGGAUCUCUGACUUACCAGCCUCAACCUACAGUCGAGUAUCGUCGCCCCAAUGACAGGAAUAAUACUGGCUCAGUUUGUCGUUAUAUCGAGAACAUUUUCUUGAUUUAAUAAGAUCAUUUUCACUUUAGAACAACGUAUUUUUCAUGUUACAGUGACUUAUAACAAUGUGGAGGAUUCUUUUCUUGUUUAAAAGAUUUUUUUUUUUGUAAUAACAAGAAAGUUUUGUGACAUGACACGAUAAAGUGAUAAUGUUUGUUCUUAGAACUGAAGUUGGCGUGUCGUAAUAAGAUAAAUAUAUCAUAACAUGGAAAAUAUAAUUAGGUUCUCAUAACAAGAAACAAGAAAGUGACUGUUAUAUUUGCUCCAUUCUGCUAUGUCUGUUUCGUUCACCUGUUUUCUGUUACUUCAUGGUUAAAAAUUUGCCGUUGUUUGUCAAAGUCAGAUAUCAUUUAAAUAGGCUGUGUAUAAAUUACAGAAGAUGAUCAUACUUGAGUUGCUACAUAUAUGUUGAAACUGGUUCCCACUCAGAGCUUAUUUGGAAGUUCACAUUUGCUGUGUCACAUUUCAGCUGUGCCUUUGGUCAGUGCGCAGGUUCAGUGUCACAGUCCAAACUCUUUUAAACAGGUGCAGUGAGCAGUGCACAGAAUUAGAACGAAUCAAGCGCUGUAAUAGAAAUGAAACACACAGAGCUGAUUGCCGAAACCGAAAAUAAGAAAACCUGGAGAUAGUGAGGAUUAUCUGUGCAGCAAACAUGGUCCUCUUUUAUACCAGAACUUCUGAUUUCUUUUGUUUUAUUCUUUGUUUUUCCAUAAACCCAAAUUUCCAAGGUUCCCUGUGGAGUUUUCCCCUCUAGUAGCACUAUAGAGCUUAUUCUAUAAAAAGAAAAAUAGAGUGCAAGCACUCAAACUUGAAUUUAAACAAUGCUGGUUUUGCAAAUGUUUCAUGAGAACGGAAAUGCAUUCGACGCAUUUGGUAGAGCUCAGGGACGCACACAAACUGGGUAACACUGAAUGUAAACAAAUCUUUAGUUUCUUUACAAAAAAACUCCACAGGACCGCUUUAAUGUAAUCUCACACGGUUUCCUUGUAAACUGCUCUGUGUGAUCCAUUUCUGUUACAGGGUUUGAUUUCUUCCAGUUGUGUGCAGCUGACACUGCUUACUGUACCUGUUUAAAGGAGUCUGGACUGUGCCAGUUACUGGAGACUUCAGCUGAAACAUGUGAGCUUCUCACUUUUGUGCAAGAUAAAGUCGAUGUGAACUUCAAACACUGUUUUAAGUAUUGCUGGGGGGUUUACGCCUUCAUUGACAGCUGACAGUAGAGAGAUAACAGAAAGCAAGAGGCACCAGGGCACCCCACAAACUGCCAGCCAGUUUAUCAUCAAUUGGAAAUUCAGAUUUUGCUGGUUUAAACGUACCUAGGGUGAGCGAGCGCAGGGAUCCUUUACUAUGACAUUAGUAGAAACAAGCAACUUUCGGUCCACUUGUUCUACUAAAAGUCCAUGGUGAUAACAGGGUGUGGGAGAAUCCUCUAUGGUUGUCGUCAUGCUGGAAGUCGUUCACUCUCUUGCCUGCGGAUAAGUUGACUAAACUACAGCAGACUGGUUCUUGGGUCCUGGAAAGUGCUUGCUUUUAUACAGACCCAGCACCAAAUAAAGUUGGCCAAGACACAGGACUAGGGCACGCUGGGAUGACUGGACCUGGCACAUUGACCCAGUCUGUUUCUUGGGUUUUCAUGGGGUCAGGUUUGCCUGAAGACCUCUACCGAGUGUACAGGCUUUUAAUCCAGUGGAAAAACAAUCUCAAUUGAUUUCACUGAAGCUCAUCAUCAGCCAGAGGAUAUGAACUCCGAGUGUGGAUCCCAAAGCUCCAGUGGAACUCCUUUUCCUCCAAAACCUCCCUUUUUCCUAUGACUCAGAGCCCACGGCUGGUCCCACCACUCCGAAGACUAUUUUCAUACUGGAAAAACAAAUAAACUUCUUCCAUAACAGCAACUUUAAAAGCAAUCGUGUAUAGUUCCAGCUUCCUGUGGAGGUUCUUAAUGAGGGCAUGAUGAAGCUGCCAAAAAUGUUGGUUAAUGAGAGAUGUGUCCCAUAUGGCCUCCACUUUCUCUUGCUUUCUUUUCUCGCCACUCCAUUCCUCUUUUUUUAAAUCUGCCUCCAGGUAGGAGCACAUGGUAUGGGGGGAAUGGUAAGGCAAAAUAAAGUGGGAGCUUUAUUUUGGAGACACCAUCAUUUUCAUAGUUUGUCUUGCCCAAGUACACUUUGAAUGUGGAAAGGAGGUGGGGAUUGAAGAAAAUUUCAAAUGCAAAGCCUGCAAACGGGGUGUAAUUAUCAUUUUCCGACUUGUGCGUAGAGUUAAUGUUAACAUCCAAGUCGGGGUUUUCAGAAAGCUCCAUUAUAUCCAACAUGGCUCUAUCAUAUGACAGUGCCUGAAUAAGCAAACAAAUGGAUGCCUCACAUCAGCCAAAGUCUGUUGCUCAAACUAAUUAUAUCCAUAUUUUCUGGAUACAGUGCUGUGUUGGCAAAGCAGAGGAUUUUGAACCUUUGAGUUGUAAGACAAUGUGAAUGAUGUAAACAUCUUUCCCAUCUCUACCUUCCAUCCAGCAUGACAUGAACGUGGCAUCGUGAAAGAAGCUGUCAAGUAGGGACUGUAGGAAUCGAGUGAGGAUUGGGGCUGAUUAAUAUUUUCUUUGGACCUCCCCCCUGAAAUACUUCAAUAUACUUUAUCCAGUUUCUCAAAACAAUAUGGUAAACAGCCACUCUCUUAUUUUAAAUUAAAAAAAAACUACAAAGUUAACUGUUAUUCCAGACUGAAAUGGGAAAGGUGACUGUAGCAGCGGAUGGCACCAUACGAUUUUCACCCCACUUCAAAUUCCAAAUCAUCAAAAAAAAACAAAGUAUUGAUCUUUGAUGUAAUUGUUUUUUUAACAAUAAAAGGGAAUACUGAAAUACAACAUAAAAUUAGUGGAGUAUCCCUUUAAAGGACCUUCAUCCUAUAUGUCAUAAUACUUUACACUCAGUCAUCCAGGUCGUAGUUAUCCAAAGAAGGUUAAAGUCAAGGGCAACUGGACUUGGUUUACACUGUUUUAACUCUACAAGUGCUUUUUUAUUUUUCAACUUAUGUCAUUCUCUGGGAUAACACUGAGGGAUCCUUUCUGGGCCACUGGAAGAAACAAACAAGUGAACUUUGGAGUUUUGGGAUCCUCCCUGACACACUCAUGACUACUGUUUCAUCACACUGUAAAACCUGACAGCCACACGGAGAUUAGCUGAGCCAUGUCACACACUGUCCCACCACAGAGCGGUGCUACAGAGUCUUGUAGUUCUCAUCAUGCUCUCUUUGGCUGAUUUAUGGACAUCUCAUGUUGUACCUUCAUCUCUCACUUGAUCUGAUCAUACAGCUGGAUUCUGUGAGCAGGCGUGACACCAACUAGUCAUGUCCUUUCAUUUUCAUUUGAAUUGUGAAUUUUAGAGGAUUAAGUUACAGAGAUCUGGCCUUAAUAGAUAUGACAACAUUAAAUUUUCUGUCCUUGUGGUUUUUAAAGUUGAUGUUUUAUUGUUGUUUUUAUUUGACGGUUGCAGUUUUGGUCCCCCUGAUCUUUCUUCAGCCAUCCGCUGACUCCUGGUUGAUGACUUUGAUCAGCUGUCCGUCAACAAGACCAAAACCAACUAAACCCACAAGACGUGGCUGAUAGCUUUCGAAACACCAAUGAUGUGAUGAGAAUGUUUUGUCAAAUAGCUGAAAACCUUUCCAAUCAGUCUGUAGCAAGAAAUGAAGGUAGAGACACAAGUUCAUAUCCUAUCUGUACAGAGAACAUAUACAAUAUAUUGUGAGGAUGUCAUGAUGACUGUAGUGAGUCUGUCCCCCGUCUCUCCGGGUUUGGUAAAGACUGUCACUGGAUGGCAUCAGAUUCUUCUGUUCUACUACAUAUUCUUUUGCAACCACCAUCUUCCCCUAUUUGCACACACAGAGAGAGAAACCCCCUGUCUGUAAGUGUUAAAGGUGUUUGAGCCAAAGUGAUUUCAAAGAAACUGUGUAUUGGCUCAAGUUUGGGAGGGACCGGGAGAUUUGUAGGUCUAAUUCUUGAACUGUACUGAGGAUACAGUCCUUAUGAGCCUUAUAUGAGCUACUUUAGAAUCAGUCAGACUUUUUGGUGUUUUCAUAAUUUAUUUCUAGCCAGUGAGCCCCAACAAGCAUUACCUUAUGAAAUGUAACAAAGACUGUGUGCUGUUCAAUGUAACUGACAUGACAGAAAAUCAUAAACAUAACAUUUCUUUUCUGUAGAACGAUGUCCUUUGAAUACCAAUCAUCCUCUUGUACUUAUUGCAUUUUUAUGCCAUGAUAUUUUGUGUUUGAUGCUAAUCCAAAUUUUUAAGUAAAAAUCCUGCUGUCUAAUCAACCUGAA